AUGAUAGAUUUCUGGAGCAGAUUCCGACCAGUGGCUUUAAUCACGGAAAGUUCCGCCUACAACGAGGGCCAGGGCGAGGGCACAAAUUUUCAGUCUGGGAUGCUAGCGGAAAUGAAGCGGCUAGAAGCGCCUGGAAUACCUACUUCAGAUCUGCUGAUGUCAUCUUAUUCGUCGUUGAUUCAGCCGAUACUCAUAAAUUUCACAAAGCGAAAGAAUUGCUGCAUUCUACUGUCAGCGCUGCAGAUUUUCCAAAAAACGCGA